AUGUCCCAGUAUGCUACGGCAGACCUUGUCACUUUGUAUCAGCAAAAUUUUCAGUACGACUGCGCCCAAGCAGCAAUCAUCGCUGUUCUCACCUACGAGUACGCAAUCACGUUGCAAGAUGAGGCUCAGUUUGUUUGGGGAAGGAGGGCGACGUCAACGGGCAUAUGCUGCUUAAAUCGUCUGAUCAUGAUUGGUCUUAUUGUGGCGAACAUGCUAGAUAUGUACCAAUGGACAACGAACGCAUUGCCGGGACGUUUCCCUGUCGUACGUCGCUCUGGAACUUAUGACGUACCUAGAGUGGGCGGGUGGUUCGCCGCCGCCAUAACCUUGGCCUUCGCUUUGGUUCCUGUGGCAUACAACCUCUUCGCUUGUAGUCGCCUCAUAUACUUAGCGGUGGAAAUAAUACCGGGGCUGACGGUAUGCACCCCGGUGAACAAGCUUUCGGUUUCUGUUGAGCGCAAGUGUGCUUGUCACACGAAUAUUCGCCAUCGCAUCCGAUUUGGUGGUGUUAUCGGUCACCAUAUGGAGAUCCUACGACUCUGCGUCUGGGUCUCCGUGCCAGGGGUCGAAGCAAACUCUGAUGGGGGUGCUUCUCAGAGACGGGGCGAUCUACUUCAUCUGUUCAUGGAUUACGUCGCGUCGAUUGAUGUCGGCGCAGCAUUCAUAGUCCCUGCUAUGACGAUCCUCAUAUCCCGGUUCAUACUCGAUAUACGCAAGACCGGGUUGUCGCGGGAAAGCGAUACGGAGCUCACCACGUACACCGACACAGGGUAUCCAGACUCCUCCAGGGGCCUGUUCACGACGAGGGUCGACUUCUACGGUGCAAGAGCAACAGAGUUGGAUUCAGAUCCAGAUCCAACGGGCUGCGAGGAUGUAUGA